GCAUUAAGAUUACAUGGAAGUUUUGAGGAGUCUUUAUUAAUAUGGGCAUGGGUAAACAUUUGAUAGUGUUAAAGCAGUGUAGUUAAUAGGAUAGUGAAGAAUUAGGAAGUGUUAACUAAAACAAUAAAGUAUGGUGAGUGUUUGUUUAGCAACACUGGAGGUGUGUUUAUUGUGGCGUCUAUAGUGGAGCAUUUCACCUCCUGUCGUCAACAAAGUGUGCGACGAAAAGAAAAAAAAAGUGAACACCAAAACAAAAUCUGAGAUAAUUAUACAGUAAUUGUUGUACGAUGGAGGUAGAUGAAGACCUGGAGGCGAGUCUCCUGCGCCAGUUUAACUGCAUGUUAACCACUGACAAGGAAGUUUUGAUAAAGGACUUACAGACCCUUGUUGGUGCGCAUCUCAAUGAACACUCUGCUCGGUUUUAUCUGGAGAUGACAGAUUGGAACUUGCAAGCAGCUGUUUGUGCCUACUUCGACCUGCAGUCAUUCAACAAGCUUCCACAAAUGACUUUUGUUAAAGAUAUUACAAUUGGGGAAGGGGAAAGUGUUCCACCUAGCACAAGAUUCAUAAAAACGUGGCGUAUCCAGAAUACGGGUGAGGAUGGGUGGCCAAGUGGUUGUAGUCUGAUAUUCACUGGUGGGGAGCAACUUGGUGCACCAUCACAUGUAUCCGUUUCAUCUCUAGGAGCUGGGGAAGUUGCUGAUAUUUCAGUAGAGAUGGUAUCACCAUCUCAAACUGGCUUAUAUUCUUCCAAAUGGCGGAUGACUACUGCUCAAGGGAAUUUUUUUGGAGACACAAUAUGGGUGAUUGUGCAAGUUGAUUCAGGUGGCACACUCGCCUUGAUGCAGCAGAUGGUCAACCUGAAGGAAUUAGGAUCACCUCCAUCAGCAACUCAAUCUACUCCCACCACAACAUUUGCAAACCCUUUUGCCCCUGUACAUCUUGGCCAACAUCAAGUCCAACAGCACCCUGAACAGCAAGAGCACCAACAACAACAGCAGGAGCACCAACAACAACAGCAGGAGCACCAACAACAUCAGCAGGAGCACCAACAAUUACAACAUCAACAUAAUGUGAAUGGAAAUUUUCAGAUUCAAAGUCAGCAGCCAAAUGAAAUUUCUGUAAGCUCUCCACUCAUGCCAAGUUGUCAACAGGAUGCUGAUGGAGAUAUAGGAAUGAGUUAGUGCAAUUAUGAUAUGUUAAUGAUUUGGGCCCUUUCUAGGUUGCUCAUUAGAGCUUUCCAUUGGGCGCUGUGUUCUCAGAACCUUUAUAUGAAGAUUUUUAAAGGAACUUGUAAAUUUCAAGAUGGUCUCAAAUGAAAUAAUUGUAAUUUGAAAAGUUUUUCACAGUGGAAUUAACAGUAUGUUACCAAUUUUAACCAACAUAAGUAAAAGUUAUGAGAUAACACCAAGUAAGGAAGCUAUUUUUAAAAUGAAUAUGAUAUGUAUGUACUGUAUGCAGUACAUGGCAUGAAGAGUUUGGAAUUUACUUGCCAUCUUGUGGGUUCUGAGUACAUGAGCCUGAUAUAAAGCUUUGUUGCAUAAGUUUAAGCAAAAAAUACUGCUGUGAUUUCACCCACUCAUGCCUGAAUGUUGUAUGAUAGAGGCAGAAUGAGUGACUGAAAAUACACACUUCAUCCAAGAAAAUUAUGAAAGUGUUGGUUUCACAACUGGAAGGGUGUCCACACAGGCAGGUGAAAGUAAUUGUUGUUGAGUGUUGGGUGAGCUGAGCCAGUGCAUGGGGGUGGGGUCCACAAAGGCAUAUAAUACAUAACUUAUCCAGUUAUUUGCAAAUAUAUAU